GCGGACUCUGAUUGGCCUGAGCGACGACGUGGGCGUGGCUGUCCGGCUCUAGCCUCUCUGUGUGGCGGGCCAUAGCUGCUACUACAGCGGCGGUGAUGGCGGUAGCGGCGUCUGCGGUUGGGCCGGGGGCAACUGCAGUGGCGCGUGUCUCUUGCGGGAGGGACUUGAGCUGCGUCCCGGAAGUGGCUGGCACGCUUGGUGCGGUCGCCAGGCAGGGGUUUGAUUUCCUCUGCAUGCCCAUUUUCCACCCUCGAUACAAGAGGGAGUUUUUCCAGGAGCGAGCUAAAAACCGACCGGGACCCCAGACACGCUCUGAUCUGUUGCUCUCAGGAAGAGACUGGAACACCCUGAUUGUGGGCAAGUUGUCCCCAUGGAUCCGGGCAGACUCCAACGUGGAAAAGGUUCUCAGGAAUUCUGAGGUGGCCAUGUUGCAGGAGCUGAAUUUUGGGGCAUACUUGGGGCUCCCAGCAUUCCUUAUACCCCUGAAGCAGGCAGACAAUCCCAACUUGGCACGUGUUCUGUGCAACCACAUCAAUACUGGGCAUCACACUUCUAUGUUCUGGAUGCGGGUCCCACUGCUAGCUCCUGAGGACUUGCGGGAUGAUGUGAUUGAAAACGAGGCUGUGCAGGAGCUAGAGGAGGAGUGUGCGGGCGAGGAGAAGACCUGGCACUGGUGGCACAACUUCCGGACUUUGUGUGACUACAACAAACGUGUUGCAGUGGCCCUGGAGGUUGGCCCUGACCUCCCAUCCAAUCAUGUCAUUGACCGUUGGCUGGGGGAGCCAAUCAAAGCAGCCAUACUACCCACUAAUAUCUUCCUGACCAAUAAGAAAGGCUUCCCUGUUCUCUCCAAGAUGCACCAGCGCCUGGUCUUCCGCCUGCUUAAGCUUGAGGUUCAGUUCAUCAUCACAGGCGCCCACCACCAUCCAGAGAAGGAGUUCUGCUCCUACUUGCAGUACCUGGAGUAUCUCAGCCAGAACCGCCCACCUCCUUCUGCCUAUGAGCUCUUUGCCAAGGGCUAUGAAGACUAUCUCCAGUCCCCACUACAGCCUUUGAUGGACAACUUGGAAUCCCAGACCUACGAGGUGUUUGAGAAGGACCCUAUCAAAUACUCCCAGUACCAACAGGCGAUAUACAAGUGCCUGCUAGACCGUGUGCCUGAUGAGGAGAAAGAAACGAACGUCUAGUCCAGGAAGCCGCUCCUGUCCCGCUAGACGUGCCUGCUCAUCGAUUCCAACCUGGCGAUUGGAUUGCCUUCAGCCUCGAUGGUCGGGUCCUUUUCAGAGACUCCUGACGACCUUUACCGCGGUGCGCAUCGCUGAGAAGACAGCUUGGAUACAUGCAUCCCAUUGUCGAAAGGCCCAGCCGCCAGGCGAGAGUGAGAAAGGCCAGCAGGAUUCUGACGGGACACCAGGAGGAAAGACCAAGGGAAAGGAGUCCCUUCCUGAGGACCACCAUCCCUACCAUUUGAGGAGAGGCCCCCGCGCUGCCAGAGGACUUCGUGAGUGACAUCUUAUCUACCUGGGAGAAGUUAGGACUACGAAACUGAAGAGUGUCUGAGAAGACAAGACAAAUAGCAUCUAUCCGUUUUGGAGCCAAUGAGGUGCAACCCCUUCGGUAGAUCCGCUCCUCAGAUAGACUUUGAGCUUAUCGAAGUAGCACAUAGCCCACUGGACUCUUUUGGACCUUCCCAUAUCGAGGUGGGGAGGCCAGUGACUUGCACUGCUAGAGAAAAGUUUGCCUUUAUUGCUGUUUCCUUGGUAUUUCUUAUAAUCACAAUUCUAAUAUGGCUCCUGCGGGAGUUAGGCUUGCUUCCUUAAUAUUGUAUAGCCUUCUUUUUACAGGGCAUCCUGAUUGGAGUAGAAAUACAUACCUGAGGUUAAUGGUCAGUCUUGCUAGAGGAAUGAACAAGAGUACUUGCUGGAUCUGUAUGCACACCCCAACUUAUGAAAAGGAAGGUAUCCCACUGAUAGGAAUACCUCUGAAUGCAACUGGUCUUGUUUCAGAUGAAUGGCUCAAACGUGAUGAGUCUCUGAAAAGUCUUGAUACUACCCAGUAUGUAGCCUUGUCCGGAUGGACGAGAGGUGAACUUUGUUUAAAGUUCAUGGGAGAAACAUUCAUUGGUAGCAGCCAAUGUGAAUGGGUCCUACAUCGAGCCAAAGGUAGAUAGAGUCUUAGUAACACCACUGGGCCAAUUAUGAGGAACAGGAGGAGGGUAAUGGAACCAUUGUGUGUGGCUCUUGGGCACCAGUGGUUCUCAUAUUACAAUGAAACCUGUACUCAAGAAAAACCACCAUAGCCAUGCUUAUGUAUGGCGAGAAAGGGGUGAGACAAGAUGGAUUUGCUCACAUCCUUCUGUGAUGCUUCCUUCUCUGGCUCUCCCUGUCAGGUUCCUACCUGCUCGUGGUUACUGCCUGUCUCUUGGCACCACCAGGGACUCCACCAGUCCGGACCGCACUCUCUUAUGGUUUACCUAUCUGCUCUGCCACCAUUUGUUACAGUUCCCCUUCAGCCUUGGUCAUUACCUUACCCUCCCUUCUGGUCUGUGAAACCCCAGCCAAGGAUCAGGCCUUUGGUAAACCAAAUUAAGUAUUUAUUACAGAUAACAAAGCUAACAAGAUUAACAAGAUUUCUUCUUAAGGCACAUAAGCAUAUGGUUUUACUCAAUACUAAUCCGAACUCCACCUCCUUCUCCACUCUCUCCUGGCAAACAACUCUCUCAAACCCCACCAAGCAAUCCACUCUUUCUCUUCUCCCCCCCGAUUCCACUCUCACUCUUCCUUUUAUACAUUCAGCCAUUUUAAACACUCAGCCAAUCAUCUCGCAUUCUACUGCCCAUUCACUCCCCCUCCUCUUUCACUCCACUUACCAUGUAUACAUUAAUAUAGGAACAUCACAUUUCCCCCCCCUUAAACAACAGCAGAGUAUUAUUCCUGUUCCAGGAUUUAUACGUCGCGUUAACAAAUAAAAGUCUCUAUGGGGAAAAUGUC